GGGUGGCAUCAUUGUCAACAAGAGCCGGGCAUUGAGCGUCAACGACAUCCUAGUGUCCAAGAUGUGCAACAGCGACUGCCCAGAAGUGAUGGACUUGGCAAAGACCGCAAAAAAGGACAGCGAAGUAAAUGAAUGGAAAGCUUGUUUUCAGGAAGGAAUUUUCCUCAAGAACGAUCCAAUACGCAUGAUCUUCAAUGACUCGGUGAGCAAGCCUCCUUUGAUGAAGCCAGAGGAGCGACCCUUUAAGCCAUUGCACAUCUAUGAGCUCGAACAUGAGAACGGCAAGUUGGCGGACAUCAAGCCUUUGGGCAUUGAUGGUUUGCCAAGUUGGCAAUGGCCGUCCCUUACCGCUAUCAGGCAACCUGGCGGUACUGAGGUCACCGAGUGGGAGCCACCCAAGGGGCAUACAGCGCGCCAGUCUGUCACUGGGGCGGACUUCGGUGGCGGCUUCAGUAAUUUCAAUGGUGCUGCCGCAGGCCGAAAUGGCACAAAAGUUCAUAUGCGGACCAUCGGCGGCAGCCCCACAGACAAGCCCCAGAGAGGCAAUUCAGGCAGGCCUCAAGAGGACAAGUCGGUGACGCAUCAGCGGAUUAUGCGUGAUGGCACCGUCGAGGAUUUUGUUGAGAAGAUGAAGCAGGUCUUUGGGAAUGAACAUGGAGAUUUCCAGACAUUUCCUGCAGAGAAGAAAGCUAUUUGGACGCAAAAGUCUUCGCAAACAAAUGUGGAGUUCAGGGAACCCAAUCAUACCGUCUAUGUGACCGGGAAGGAGGGCUCUGUCCGGCAGAUUUUGGCGGUCCUUGGGCAAUUCCUGGAAAGCGUGCCAGAAGGCUACACAGGGGUUGAGACAUCCAGCCGGGUGCACACGAGGUCUUUUAUAGGAAGCAAAGCUCCAAGCAAGGUCUUUGAGGGUGGGAGUCUGAUGGCGGCCCGGACCAAGCCAACCAGUGUAACAGCCUUGAGCAUCGCCAACAAGCCAAAAAGCGCAAGCACCACCAAUGGCGUCAAGCAGGUGCCAUACAGGCGAAAAGUCACACAAGACUGCGAGUCAGAAGGUUCAGGUGAAUUGGAAUUGAAGGUGGGCGAGAUUAUCACUGUCCAGGAGGAUCCAGACGCCCCAGAGGGUGACCUGGAUCGAUGGGUGUUUGGCAAAAAAGAGAAAACUGGAGAGACUGGAUGGUUUGCGCUCGGCUACACCCGCGACACCGAGGAGUAG